GUCCUUCUGUUUACCUUCCUUCCCCUUUUCGUGCCUGUGUGUGUCAUGAGGAUCAUGAGACUCCGACUGAGGUUUUGUGCCCAUUCAGACCACGAAGUCCAAACCACAAUCUUUAUCCCACUGUACCAAUACAAUAGGUAUGAGCUCAUUUAACUCUGAACUCCUGCUUUUCAUAAAUCUGAUCAGCCUUGUGUCAGGGCUGCAGUCUGCACCUUCCCCUCUUUCUCAGAUGCCUUUCCUCACUGUGUGGAACGCCCCCACUGCCAGCUGCCUCUCUCAAUAUGGCGUGGACCUCGACUUGGGCACUUUCAGCAUCGUCCAGAAUAAGAAUCAAACCUUUAUGGGAGAAAACAUAACCAUAUUUUAUGCUGAAAAACUCGGCCUGUAUCCCAGGUACACCGGCCAAUCAGAGGCAGUGAAUGGUGGUGUGCCACAAAACGCCAGUCUGAAUGAACACCUGAGGGCAGCCUCUGAUGAUAUCCGCACAUUCAUCCCUGAGAGGGACUUCCAAGGCCUGGCUGUGGUGGACUGGGAGAGCUGGAGGCCUGUAUGGGAGAGGGACUGGGACAGCAAGCAGGUGUACAGGGAGGGUUCCAAAACACUGGUGAAGUCGAGGCAUCCAGACUGGAGCCCUGCACAGGUAGAAGCUGCAGCUCGGGUGGACUUUGAGAGAGCUGGGAGAAAAUUCAUGGAGGAAACACUGAAACUAGGACAGGAGGAGAGACCAAACGGGCUGUGGGGAUUUUACGGUUUCCCCAACUGCUACAACUACUACAGCCACAAAAGCACAAACUACACCGGAGAGUGUCCAGCUGUGGAGAUAAAGAGGAACGAUGAGUUAGUGUGGCUGUGGAACGUCACCUCUGCUCUUUAUCCUGACAUCUACCUCAGCUUGGAGCUGCGAGGGCUCGGCAGAGAGGUGCUGCUCUACACCCACCACCGCAUCCUGGAGGCCAUGAGAGCUGGAGGUCUGUCUGCUCCAUCAACACCUCCUGUGUUCCCCUACGCUCGCAUCGUCUACACAUACACCUUAGAUUUCCUCUCUCAGGAGCACCUGAUGUACACCAUCGGGGAGAGCGCCGCUUUGGGAUCUGCAGGGGUGGUGCUGUGGGGUGAUCAUGCCUUCGACAAAUCUAAGGCCACAUGUGAAGCCGUCAAAUCCUACAUCGAUGACACUCUGGGUUCGUAUUUGGUGAAUGUGACAUCAGCGGCCAUUCUCUGCAGUCAGACCUUGUGCUCCUCUCAGGGAAGAUGCCAGAGAAGGACGCUGAACUCAAGGGCCUACCUCCACCUUGACCCCGCUGUGUGGAAGGUGGUGUCAGAGAGGAGGCCAGAGGGACGGCAGAACUACAGAGUUUUCGGAAAGACGAGCGCUCGUGAGGUGAUGCUCAUGAAGUCCAAGUUUCGGUGUGUGUGUUAUCAGGGCUGGGGUGGUGAGAGCUGCUCCAAACCGGUCCAGGUUUAAAAGACUUUUCUUGGGGGAGAUAAUUCAGUGGAAGUAAUGGUCUAAUUAACAACAGUAAAGUUUAUAAAGACUGUUAAAACGACCCAAUCCAGAGGUGGACUGGGGCUGUUUGGCUCUGAGGUAGUUAUCAGCACCAGUGCAUGAGGUCUCCUGUGAAUGCACAAAUCUUUGACCAACCUGUUCACGAAUUAAUUACUUUUAUUUCCCUUAAUCUUUACGGUAGAUAACGCUGCAUUUUUAAAAUGAUCUGAUAAUGUUUAGAGACAAAUAUUUACAUUCCAAUUAUUUGUGACAAUGUGUUUCUAAAUGAAUAUGUCAAGUCUUUUUACCACACAAGCUUCAGAAAUCAGACUCAACCUCUUGAUGAAACACACAUCUAAAUGUCACAAUAUAACCUAUGUGAAGGCUAAUCAAGGUCUAACAUGCAACCUGCACAGCUGGGCUGGGGAAACCUGAAGUCUCCAGAGCACAAUUUUGGGGAGAGGCUACUGUUGAUACAGCUUUAUAAGGCGUUGUUUUCCACUGCAAUAUUGUAUUAUUCACAGCUGCAGAGUAUUGAUGAAGUCUUUGGUAAUGGAGAAAUAAAAUGGAUUGCUUAUUCAGUCCACUUGAUGGUGCUGUUGAGGUUUCUACUGAUGGUGUCGGUCAGGAAGAAGUUGGAAGUUGACAAAGCAAAGAAAGAAUUAGGUUUUUUAACAAGGAGUGCCACGUGAAAAUAAAAAUCUCAGGGCAUUAUUUAUCAUUAUUUAUUUAGUUUUUAUUUACUCAGACCUGUUGGUCCCAUUGAGAUUAAAAAUCUAAUUUUCAAGGAGGAUCUGGUCAAGACAGUCAGCAGCAAAAACCACAAAGAUGAUGACACAGGCACUCAGAAAAACAAAAGAACUACUCACAAGCACUAAAACUUGCAAUGAAAGACAAACUAUUUUUGAGUCAGUUGUGUAACCAGGUAAGCUAAAAACAUCAACAUCAUAUAGAAUCUGCUCCUAAGUCUUUCAUUUUGGACUUAAAAACAUGCAAAGACACCAGCUCCUUUAGUUUCAAGUCAGCCUGCAAUAAAUUCCAGGCUGAGGGUGCAGCAUACCAAAAAGCUUUUCCCAAUUUCUGUGUGAGCUUUUGGGACGGAGAGCAUAAGGAACUCCUGGGAGCACAAUAAAUACUGUCCAGCACUUUUUUGUGUGAUAAAAACCCACAGAUAGUGUGAUAGCCGGCCAGAAUUGCCUAAUAAAUAAAGAAGUACCAAUGUAUAAGCCUGCAGGUUUCCAGAGAUGGCCAUCUAACCCCAGAGUACAACUCAACAGUGGUGAGUUAGGAGGUUUACAAUUAGUGAUGAACCUCAAGGACAGAUGGUAACCUGUAUCAAUCAUAGGAAUACAUUAAGUAGAGGUGUCCAUAUACAUGAGAUCAUCAUAAUUCAGAUGAGGUAAAAAAGUUGUAGCAACAAGAUGCUUUUUAACAUUUUUUUUUUUAGAUUAGAUAUAAAUAAUUAUUUCUUCAUUAUAGAUUGUGUUAACAUUAUGUCAUGGGGCCACUGGUGAUCCUCACUGUAUCAGGGAAAUAGAAAACAUCUUGUGUCCAGCAGUCACCUUUUGAGAUUAGUGGUAAUUGCUUGUUAAAGCAGCAUGGAGGAUUCUGCGAUAAAGUAGUACGUAUGUAGCAACAUUACUAUAUGAGAUUGCUGAAUUCACAGUUAUAUAUUUUUCAUCAUGUCAGGAGGUUGUCUGAAAUAUUGAUAUUAUAUGCUAACAUAAUGCCUGCAUAAAAUCAUGAAGAGGCAGCCAGUGGUGGACUCUAAUUUAGUAUAAUAGCCAGGUACUUGUACUUUACUUUAUUAUUAUUAAUACCACUAAAUUCCAGCUGGAAAUAUUUCAUUUUUUACACCUCUACUUUAAUCUUAUAUGGUUACAUUUUAAGGCUUUUUAGUCAUACAAAGCAUACAGCGUGCAAAUUAUUUUAUAUUACAAGAAGUAAAAUGACUUAGGAGUUUACCUAAAAGCAGUUCAACACAUUAAAAAUAUGCUUCAGCAGUCAUACAUCUGAAACAAUACUGUAAAAGCUGGACUUCUGUUGGGAUCAAACUCAUUAAAGAUCCAUUUUGCGUAAAAUGCUCCUCUACUUAAACUUAAAGGCACAAUAAGGAAUUUUCACUAUGUUUCUAAUCUGGAUCUUCCCGUCGCCAAAGCAGUGUCUUUUAUCUUUAUGAUCAGAUCUUGUCUUGUACAAGUUUGACUAUUACUCACUGUGGACCUGUGCUGUGGAGAAGUGUAAAAAAAAGCCUGGUUUGCAUAAUGCUGCCCCUUGAAUUAACCCUCCUGUUUUGUUUGUUUCUUAGGGACAGCAAUAAUGUUCAUGGGUCAACUUGACCCGGGGCAUGUUUAUUUAUCCAGAAGUGU